UUCAUUCAGCAUUGUUGAAUAUAAAAUGCGCAUUAGCGCAGCCAACCAAACUUAGUUCAUCAUCAGCAUGGACUAUUACAAGAUCCUAGGUAUCUCCCAAGAUGCUUCAAUGGAAGAUAUUAAAAGAGCUUACCGAAAAAUGGCACUUAGAUACCAUCCAGAUAAAAAUAAAUCAUCGGAUGCAGAGGAAAGGUUUAAAGCCAUCUCGCAAGCUUAUGAAAUAUUGAGCGAUGUGAAAAAGCGGGAGUGUUACGAUCAACAUGUGAAAGGUAAAAUGGAGGAUGAGGAGGUACCUAAGGAGGGUAAUAAUAAAACUCGCUUCACAUAUACCUCUACCCAUACUAGCGAUCCCAAAACUCGCUUUACAUAUACCUCUACUACUAGCAAUCCCAAAACUCGCUUUACAUAUACCUCUACUACUAGCGAUCCCAAAACUCGCUUUACAUAUACAUCUACCACUACUACUAAUAGCGGUCCAAUGGACGACAUUUUCCAUCAGUUCUUCGGCACCCACGGUAAUUUUAAUCACUUCUUUAAUAACUCUGACGACGACGAUGAUGAUGAUGAUGAUGAUGAUAUUCAUAUGAUGUGGAGAGGCAUCAGUAGUAGGCAUCGAAUGGGAGGUUUCAACUGUAAUCACAAACACUAUCACAGGGGGGGAAGGCAUCAUCAUCAUCAUCAUCAUCAUCAGGAUCCUCCAAUCUACCGGGACCUGUACGUGACUCUCGAAGAAAUAGCUCAAGGAGUGAUCAAAAAGAUGAAAAUCACGCGGAGUGUGUUUAGCGAUGAUGAAAAAUAUACCACCAAGAGAGAAGAGAAAAUAUUGAGCAUUAACAUUAUGCCCGGUACAAAGGAUGGUUUUGAGAUCAAAUUCGAAAGAAUGGGAGACGAGUCGCCUGGCAAGGUCCCGGCUGAUAUCAUUUUCGUUAUUAGGGAAAAGCCUCACCCGGCAUUUAAGAGAGACGGUACUAAUUUGAUCUAUUCGGUCAAAAUCCCCAUCAGAGACGCCUGGUGUGGUACCAGCGUGUCUGUCCCUACUCUGGAAGGCCAAAUGGUCACACUCGAUGUCAAAAAUAUAAUUAUCACACCUCAGACGAAGAAGAUACUCUCAGGAUAUGGUCUACCUUUUCUUGACAACCCUUCCAGAAAGGGAAAUAUCAUUGUUCAUUUUGACAUCCAAAUUCCAGAUUUAUUGCUAGAAAACGUCAGAAAUAAUCUUUUCAAAUUAUUACCGAUAGUCGUUAAUGCAUCAUUAUUAUUAUUUAAAAUAAUAAUAAUAAUAAUAAUGAAAUUUAUCACGUUCCCAAACACCAGAGAGUCUUAAAGGAUCGAAAAAAUAAUAAUUCUCUCUCUCUCUUUCUACUUGUCUCGUGAGAAAAUUCUUGUUCUUUUUUUUUAAAAUCAAUUUUAACACGUCCUGAGACUUUUAGACAUUAGUUUUUUUUUAUAAAAAUAAUAAUAAUAAUAAUAAUGAGACAGAAGAGUUUGAUAUUUUUGCCUUAUCAUAAAAUAUAUAUAUAUAAAAAGAUAUACAUGUAUUUAUUUUUAUAACAAGAAAUGCUGAUUAC